GUGAUCCUGCAGAAAAUUCUUUUACUUUCCAAGAUAUUCUUCAACAAUCAUCAUGUUGUGACACUUGGCCUACAUGCAGGCAAGUUUUAGCCAUUGUUUUAAGAUUUAUUCAUCAAUCUGCAGCCUUCAUUUCCACCUUCAUUUUCACCUCACCACACAUCUUCAUUUUCACCUCACUACACAGACCACUUAUGCAUCAGCUUAUGCUCCAGCUUUCAGUGUGAGAGACGAGAGGGACGAAUGCAGGCUGUCCGAGCUCGACGCCGAGCUGUCAAAGCCGCGGCUGCCGGCGCUGCAUGCGUUGCAGCAGCCCGCCGGCCACCCACGGCCAAGACAGACGGGGUCGGAGCGAGGCGGCGGCGCGGCCGAAGGCCGAGCGCCGCUGAUGCGGCAUGAAUGGAGCAGCAGCGGCGACGGCCCUCCUUGGCUGUCUGCUACCGGAAACGAGAGAAGGAAGGCGGUGAGUGAGGGAGGCCUCAGAUCCGGCGAUUUCGCCGGAGCUGAAGCAGGCAGACGGCGGCGGCGGAUCUGUUUGAGGGAGGGGAGAAGAGGUGAGGGUGGGAGAGAGAAAAUGGGAGUUUUAGAGAGAGAUAGAGAGAGGAGGAGGAGGCGCGAGGCGGCUGACGGCGAGUCUCGCUGGAGUGGCUGCGGCGGCGACGGCGGCGGCGCGACUGGACUGGAAUGGAGGCCGAUUGAGCGAGAGAGAAAGGGAGAGAGAGGCGUGAGUAGAGAGAGAGCCGAUGGGAGGGGGGAGUUGAAGAGAGAGAGAGAAAUUUGUUCCCUUUUUCCUUUAUUUUUAGGGCUUAUUCCUUUUAAAAAAUUUGGACUCUUAUUUUGGGCUUUUCUUUUCUUCUUUAUGGGCCGAUUUUAAUGAGCUGGUGGGCUGAUUUUAUUAAUUUUCAUGGGUUCUACAUUCUUAAUAUAAUACUUGGGCUGCAUUAUUAAUAACAAGUCUUCAAAUUAUUUUCUUUGGGCUUUAAAUAUUAUUUUGGACCUGUAAAUGUUUUAAUAAAAAUAUUAAUUUUUCUUCCAAGAAUAAGAUUCUAUAUUUUCUUUAAAUGAUUAAUAAUUUUUAGAUUUAGUGUUAAUUAUAUUUGUUAAAAUUACUAAUUAUGUAUUAAAAGUUUAUGGAUUCACAGAGAUUAUUAAUUCGGGCAAAGUGUAUCAAUAGUUAGUGAUUUUCCCCUCUUUAUUUAGAAAUUAGAAUAGCACCAAGAGACCU